AUGAAUACCAACUCGGCGUCUGUCAUCAGUGAGGAUGAAAUCAAGGAUCUUGUGGCCAGAUUUGAGGCCAAACUCCGAAAUAGCGAUCCAGAAACCCGUGUCACACCCCGAGAACUUGCGGCCUACAAGCGCAACUUCGCUGCCCGAAUUGUACGCAGAAUGAGAGGUCAAGAUUAUCUCGACGACGCCAAAGCGAACUUGGAGGAACGUCUAGACACGAUGAGAGCUAUUCACAACACCAUCAACACCCACGAGGACUUCAUCCCCAUGUACAAGUCCGACAAACGCACCCUACGAUCUGCGCGUUUGUGGGCGUCGAUGUUGACGAUGGACUUCGACCUCUUGCUUGAGUUCAAAGACAAACUGAGUAUUGGAGGCAGACGCGAGAAGCGAGAUGUGCUCUACUCGCUUCUGCAGUCUGUGGGUGGCGAUGGACUAAAGUACCUGGGUUGGUGGUCUCAUGAAACCCCAUUGCCAUACGAAGAGGAAACCUGGGCUGGAAACCCCACGCAGAGAGACUUGGCUCUCAAGCGCGACGGCUUCAGAUGCGUUCUGACCCUCAAGCAGAUCUACCAAGUUUGUCGCAUUGUCCCUGCCUGGAGCCUCUCCCGGCGACUCGAAAUCCAGUACAAGGUUCUGGGACCCCUUCGAGCCAUCUUGGGCGACGACUUUCACGGCAAACUGUGCGCUUUGCUGGAACCUGGCGCACAUGAUCUCCUUGACGCGCCUGCCAACAUGAUCACGAUGAGCCCUUCCUUGUGCAAGAUGUGGAACGAAGGCAAAUUCGGUCUUGAACCCCUACGCUACGUGGACAAAUGGGUCGCGAUGAAGCCGGGCGAAGAAACCAACUUGGGAAGAGCCGCAGGCAGCAGCAAGGACACCAAGGAGUCGAAGGAGACGAAGGACACCGAGGACACCAAGGACACCGAGGACACCAAGGAUACCAAGGAUACCAAGGACGCCAGGCACGCGGGCAAAAUGAAGCAAAUCUACGGACUGGAAACUGGCUUCUAUUGGUUGAAGAAAACCAACCUGGGAGGUAUCAAUGACAGCCCUGACGCAACAGACGCCGACCCUCGCGAAAUGUGGGAAGCGCAAGAUCACGAUGAGGAGUUCUUCGCCGAUAAUGGCACCGCUCUUGACGAUGGCCAGAUUGUUACUAUCUGGGCCGAAGACAAAAGUCUACUUCCCAAUUGUGACCUACUCGCUAUCCAGUGGCUAGCUUCCCGUCUUCAUAGACUUUGGGGAGGCGCUGAUCUCCAUCUAUACGCCCCUCAAGAGGAGCAGGACGAUGACGCAGAUGGACGGCGACAAAUGGAUUGA